AUGGUGUGUGUCCAAAGACGGAAAGGUUGGGGAAGCAACGGACUCGUCCAGGAAAAAGGAAUGGACUUACGAAAAGCCACACGGGUCAAUGACACCUGGGCAUUAUCUAAAGAACAAGACUCCACCUCUCCCAGACAAAAGAGAGGACGACCGCAAGAGAAGGAAUUUUUUGAGUAUAACACGGACCUCCUUACCAUUCUAGACGACGUAGGGACCAGGUUCGACCUAGAACGACCUUUCCCAAUGAAAUCUCCCGCUGAGAAUCGAAAUCCUAAGUUGUACUGCCAGUUUCACAAAGAUAUAGGUCAUGAUACCAAAGACUGUAGGAGUCUGAAAAGGGCUCUAGACGGGAUGGCUUCUAAAGGGAACUUGAAAAAUUAUCUACAGAGGAACACUCAUGGCACAGGAAAAAGCCAUUACAAGAAGAACAAGUCGCUUGUUUCAGCUGGAGAAGGAAUUCAUACUAAAGGGGGGUUCGUAGCAGUCAUAUCAGGAGGCCCUGCCUCCGGAGGACCCACCAUGAGAGGACAGAAAGACUAUGCCCGCCGAUUAGUACAAGUAAUGAUAUCCGGGAAGUCACCAAUGGACCCAUUCCCCCGGAUUGAAAUAUGUGAGUCCUAUGGAGGACGCAUAGCCACCCCACAUGAUGAUCCGCUAGUCAUAGAAAUCAAGAUCUCCAACAUGAGAGUAAAGCGUAUACUGAUAGAUACAGGAAGUUCAUCUGACAUAAUGAGUAUAGAGUGUUUAAGCCGUCUGGCAGAUACAGGAAGUUCAUCUGACAUAAUGAGUAUGGAGUACGUGUUUAAGCCGUCUGGCUCAUGA